UUUUUUUUCAUUUUUUUUAAUAGGCAGAAUUGUGUGCAUUUGGUCAUUUGGUACUUAGUCUCUCUAUUCCAAGCAUUUUUCAAUAGACCUAUAAGAAGAGAAUUAGAUCUUAAGAAAAAAAGAAAACUUAAUGUAGGUAAUGCUGCUUCAAGCUAAGAAUCGAGCCCUUCAGCAAAGACUAAAUAGUAUCUGAAGUGUCUCAUGAACCAGAUAUUUUCACUUCUUUUGAACAUCUGAAAAUAUUUAUACUACAAAGUAUGCGAAAAGAAAAGAGGAAUGAGCUCACCAAAAGUCCUAUUUAUUACAACCUUGUCUAUUGGGAAGGAACAAAACCACACACCUAAAAAGACCUCAAGAUUAUACCAAUAUAGCCAGAAAUGUUCUAAUUAUCUUCUGAUUUCUCGAAAAGAUCAGGCUCUUCACAUAAAAGGGAAAAAGCACCAGAGGAAACAAGGAGAAAAAGGAAGAAAGCAGGCAAAGCCUAGUAGAUUAGAAGAGACAAUGUCAGCGCACAAUGUUCUCUCAGCUCCUCACGCUGGGCUCCUUGCCACCUUCAGGGCUCAGCACAAGUAUCACUUCUUCAGAGGGGCCUCCCUGACCGCCCUAUGUAAGUUGGCCUCUCAGUUAUCCUCUAUUACGUCACCCUAUUUAUUUCCUUUACAGCACCUAUAACAAUCAUCCAACUUGUUUGGCUCUUGUUUGGUCUAUAUCCUCUACUACAACUUGAGCUCCAUAAAGUCAUUCUGUAACCUUGUUACCAAGCAUAACACCUGGCACACUGAGAGCACUCAGCGUGUGUUGUAUAAAUGAACCAGUGCCUCGAGGCAGUAGAUUGACCACGGAGAAAAGAGCCCUAACAAUUUUGUUGUUUUGGUUGCAAGAAGCCACCUAUGUCUGUCCCUCAACAGCUCUAGAAAGCCUAGACUAUAAGACAUGUACAUGCUGCCGUAAGGGUAAUGCCAAAUUGUUACUGCACUCAGACAGAAACCUGUCCUUAACAUGACUAAAAGCACCCAAUAUUGUGGUUAAUCUAUUUGGUCAUAUUUUUAAGUAGCUUUUAAAAUGUUAAAAUGUGUGUAAUUUUCCCCUUCAGUUGAGUCAUUUCUAUUAGCUAAGAACCAGGAGUGUGACAAGCAAUGAAAAGUUCUAUCAGUGAGAAACUGAGCCACACUUUAAGGUUCUGUGUGAGACCUAGGAAUUUGCUUGAGACUGAAGAUUCCAAUUUUCUACUAUAUAAUUCUGCUUCAACUAUGUAAUUCAUAUAAUUCCACUGCUGCUCUUGCUUUCCAUCUGACACUUGUUUUGAGAAAUCGUAGGUAGGAAGGAGAAAGAAAUGUCCCUCUUUGAGCCUGUUCUUUGGGGCUAGUGCUUCGUAAAGCCAAAUGUCAAGCUAGACAUCUCCACGCUGAGAGCACCCACCACUCCAAGGCAGGGGGCCGGGAUGGGACCUGACCAUAGUCCCAGUAAACAAGCUGCAUCUUGUGAGUCCAGUUAAUUAGGGUCAAGCUACCCUUUAUGCAAUUGCUUUUUCGACUCCUGAGCGUUUAGUAUCAUGAUUAAGUGUUCCAGCCAUGUCACCGCUAUCCACAAGAAAGGAGCCCACAACGUCGGCCUGCGUAGUGGCAAAGAACGAUUAGUAAAAAAUCCCCAAGGGGGCGGUGAAGCGCUACGGCGGAGCGUCUGGUCCACGAGGUCGCGCGGUCCCUCGGUCUUGUGGAAAGCUCUCUCCGACGCCCACCUUGAAGGAUCCAUUAAAGGCAGUCGGAAAUAUCUACACCUUCGGGACCCACGCCGGCUCGCGGCUCCCAGCUCAACGGUCUGGGAAGAAGGCCUGCGCAUCCGACACUGGGUAACUGGAAAUGUAAACAAGAAUAAGUUGUUUGUUUCCUGAUGGCUUUUAGUAGAUACUGACACAUUGUUUAUGAUGGCAUCCGAGACUGAGAAGACCCAUACUUUACUCCAGUCUUGUAGCACUGAAUCUCUUAUUUCCAGCCUUGGUCUGGGAAUAUUUUGUCUAGUAGCUGACAGACUUCUUCAGUUUUCUAUAAUUCAGCAAAAUGACUGGGUUCGUGCCCUCUCAGAUAAUGCGGUACAUUGUGUGAUUGGCAUGUGGUCGUGGGCAAUAGUCAUUGGAGUCAAGAAGAAGACUGACUUUGGAGAAAUCGUUUUAGCUGGAUUUUUAGCCUCUGUUAUUGAUGUCGACCACUUUCUUCUAGCUGGAUCCCUAUCUUUACAGGCUGCUCUGACUCUUCCCAGAAGACCUUUCCUUCACUGUUCUACUGUGAUACCCGUUGUGGUUCUGACCCUGAAGUUUACUGUGCACUUUUUCAAGCUCAAAGACUUGUGGUCCUUUCUUCCCUGGAUGUUAUUUAUAUCCUGGACCUCACACCAUAUCCGAGAUGGAAUUCGUCACGGCUUGUGGAUAUGCCCAUUUGGAAAAACUUCUCCUUUGCCAUUCUGGCUUUAUGUAAUAAUUACAUCAUCUUUACCUCACAUCUGUUCAUUCGUUAUGUAUUUAACAGGGACCAGACGAGCGAUGUCUUCAAAACACGGAAUUCAUAUUGAUGUCUGAGGUAGCCAUAUGGCAGUCUUAGAGAAGCAACUGAUUCAGACAUCGAUGACUAAGGGUAGCCAACAUUAACGUGAAUUUUUAAAAACAUAUUAGCUAUUUAUAUUAAUGAUUAUAAUUCCUGAAUCCUCUUGCUUAGGAGGCAUGUACAAUUUUUAGAAAUUUUAUAUAUUUUUUGUAAUUCUAUUUCUCUCUUCUAUAAUACUCUAGUGCAAUAUUAGAGUUUCAUUUAUUCCAUGAUAUAUUUUUAUUGUUUCUUCUGUUGGUCUGGCUUUACUAACAGCUCUAUUAGAUUAACAUCCAUUAAGUUUUCUGGGAGUAAACCUUUAAGGUAGUACAUUUCCUGAUGAAAAACUGCUCACAUUUUAGGGGGACUAAUUUGUGGAAAGUUAGCAUUAUAUUUGGAUCCACAUUUUCCUGAGAUACUGAAACAGUGAAAUGGCCAAAAUAAAUGAGGUCAUGAAUAAGAUGUAUAGUGAACACGAACAUUUCUUGAUUUCAUGUAAGUUGAUCCUGACUGAAGUUUAAUUUGCCAAGUGCCUUAGUGAGUUGUGGUUACUAGCAGAAUCUGCUUUGUUACACUUGUGAGAAAUCACUAUAAUAUUCAUAAAAGACAGUAACUAACAUUAUGUCUGGUUAUUGUUUCAGAAAUCAGUUUAGGAAAUAAUUACUGUAAUAUGUUGGCUAUAGUAACAUCUUACUCAAGUAUUAUUUUUUGAGUAUCUUUGCCCAAAAUUGAAUGUUAGGGUUUUAACUGUUUUGAAAAACAUAACUAUAUUUAACAAAAUACUUGUUAAAAAUUAACGUGAACAAAAUAUUGAUACUUGGCUCAUAAACAUAGAAUUUGAAUUCACACAAAAAAGGACGUACCAGUAACGUCAUUUCAAAUGUAAAUUCCUGAAUGUGCGAUUAAAAUUGUUUUAGUUGUUAUCGAUUUGUUUACACACUAUUCUAAAGUAUUAUACCAGUUAAAUAAUUUUUUAAAAAUCUGCCUGAUAAAAAACAUAUUUUUUUCAAAAUAAAGUAAUUUUAGGAAAUUUGCUUUUUCCUUUGUUUUUUCAGAUUGAUCUUCUGUUAAAAGUGAUUAACCUUUAUUAGAGAAGGAAAAUUUAGUCACUGUGAAUUUUGCAUUUGCACAGGUUAAUGUUACUUUGAUAUAAAGGUCAAUGCCCCAAAGGCAUCUGCUUUUUUUGGUAGGAUGUGUGUUAUCUGCUGUCUUCAGAUUGUCUUACAUAUUUGAUUUGUAAUGCUGGUGGUUGUGUGCCCUAUUCUCUGAGAAAUGAUGAAGCAAUGGCUUAUCCACAGCAGAUUUUUCUUACUUAUUAAGUUAAACAGAGUUCUGUAAAUUGUUAUAAAAGUUCAGGCUCUAAUUUGGUUUAGUUUCUCUUUUUGUUGUUAACCAAUUGGUCUCUUUCCAUUUUAUUUUAUAAUCUGCUAGAUCUUAUAAUCUGUUAGUAUCUUUCUAGAGCAAUUAUUGUGUAAAUUUGGUUGUUUUAAUAGUAAAUAUUAUAUAAGUGGGUAAAUUUGAUUAAGGUAGGGAUUUUUAAAAAGCAUAUGAUUUCAGAAAUCUAUGGAAAUAAAGCAUAUAUCUUGUGUAACUUUGAGUAAAUUAUAAAACACUCCUUUUUUCUUUCUCCACAUUAAACAAAAGAAUACCA